AUGUAAAAUGUUAAGAUUAUUUUACUCAAUGCACUUUGCAUAGCAAUGUUUCAACUACAUAUUUAGAUAUGCAGUACUGAUAUAGGCAACACGACUAUUAAGGGGUCGAAACGUCGGUAUGCAAAGAACUUUGCAACAGCUUCGAAUUUUGCAGCGCACUGAUGUCGUACCCCCCGCCGAACUACAGUCCUUACCCCGUACCCCCCAUGACGUCUCAACCACAAGUUAUCUACCAACCACAAGCAACAGCUCCUGCCCCUGUCAUUGUAACCCAACCAACACCCCAGAAUACGUUCAUAGUAAACAAUAACAACAACAACAACAACAACAACGCCACAAAACCGGAUCAAACCGGUCCUAACUUGCCCGGGAACCGGUUUAAGCUGCCAGCUAAUAUGUGGUCUUCGUCUUUGGUGGAUUGCUUUCUUGAUAUACCAAGUUGCUGUCUUGGUUUAUUCUGCACACGAUGUCUUGCGUGUUGGGUUGCUUCACGUUACAACGAAACCUGUUGUUUAGGUUGGUGUGGAGCUCCUACUCUGGUGGCAUUGCGUACGAAGAUAAGGGCAGACCACGAUAUACAGGGUUCCAUUUGCCAUGACUGCACAUGUAUGGUGUGUUGCGAACCCUUAGUCUUAUGCCAAAUGCACCGAGAACUCAACAGACAGGGAUACAUGUAAACCAAGUACUUUUCAUUUUCUUGAAAAAGAUUUAUAUUUUUUCUCGGUUAAUAAAUUUAUUCUCCUAAAA